AUGCAUAUAAUUCCAGACGCCCCCCUCCUGCUUUUGAGCGAUAACCUUCCUAUUGGGUAUUUCGCGGUCCAGCCCCCUGGAUUGGAUGUAUCCAAAAGACCGCUUGACCCAGAGCAAACUUUAGCCAUCGCUGCCAUCGAAUUAGGGCCCGUAGGCGUCCCUUCUAGACGCACUCGUUCAACUCUCGACAUCAUGGGUCAUCAUCGCUGCAGAUUCCAGUCCUAUUCGUCGACAGAAGGUAACCAAUAUGCUCUCCAGGUGGGAUUUGGAUGUCAUCGAUCGGGUCUCAGUUCUGAAGCUAAAGGAGCGCUCAAAGCCAGAGGUUUCCCGCAUGGCUGUCACGCUGUGCUUAAGGUGGUCGGAAAUAACAAACGCCUCGCCAAUGAUGCCUCACGACUCUCGAGUCAUCCGCCCCUUCGGCGUAUUGGUAGUUCAGACAGACAGCACACCUAUUUCAGUGGCAUAACUCUCUCAAAGGGUGCAUACAAACCCAACAAUAUUUCCAUUGAAUGGAGAUGA